AAUCAGUAUCAAUUCGGCGAUCGACCAAAAACAAAGUAUGCGGGUCUUAGUUCUGCUGUUCGGUUUCUGCGCCCUCCUGGCUUUCGUCCAGGGUAGAAUCGUACGAGAAGAGGACGAACAUGAUUUGGCGGUUGCCGAAUCGAAACACUCGAGCCAUCACGAAGAGGGUGGCGGUCACGAGCAUCAUGCCGACCACCACAGCGAACACGGUGAAAAGGGCGACAAGGGAUACAAGUCGGGCCACCACCACGACAAAGGUGGACACGGGAAGCACGGCAAACACCACCACGUGAGCCAUCACGGUGAAAAGGGUGGCCACCACAAAAGCCACCACGACGAGGGCGGCCAUCACUCCGAGCACCACGAGGGUGGCAAAAAACACAAGGCUGGGAAGUUCGGCGAGAAGAAAGGUCACAAGAAGGGUCAAAAGACUACUGGUUACCAUCACAAGUCCCAUAAGGAUGAGUACCACAAGGAGCACAAAUUCUACGAUGACCAUCACAAGGGAGGUCAUCACUCGAAACACGGUGAAUUCCACGGACAUCACGGCGGUAAAUCGGGUCAUCACAAGAAGGGAGGCAGCCACAAGAGCGGUUACCAUGACGAUCAUCACGGCAAAAAGGGUCACUCCGACAAAGGACACUACGAUGAGGACCACAAGGGUUACAAGGGACAUGGUGGACACGAAAGUCAUCAUUCCCAUCAUUCGGAUUACGGAAAGAAAGGAGGUCAUUCCGGUGGAAAGGAAUACGGAUUCAGUGACAAACAUUAGACCCUGUGAUCGUGAUGCGACUGAUUUUUGGAUAUUGUUGA